AUGUUACCAAUUAAUCUAAACCAAGUUAACAGUGACGAAUUUAAACAGUUUAUUGAUUCCUUUGACCAUGUUUUUUCGGAUUGUGAUGGAGUAAUAUGGAAUAAGGACCCAUUGCCAGGAUCCGGGGAUUUCUUUAAUUUAAUGAAAAAGAUCGGCAAAACUGUACAUUUUGUCUCAAAUAACAGUUUACGAAGUAAAGAAAACUAUGAGAAACAGUUUCAAAACGCUGGUAUAGAAAAUGGAUAUGAAAAGCUCACAAUUCCCUCAACAGCAAUAGCGGAAUAUUUAAAAUCAGUUAAUUUCAACAAAGUCGCGUAUUGUGUGUCAUGCACGGAAACAAUCUCAGUUUUGACAUCACAUGGCUUCAAAUGUAAAGCGGGGCCAGAGCAGAUUUCGGAUUUCUAUGGUGAUUUCCUUCAGUACAUCGACGAUGACGAAGAUGUAGGUGCAGUUGUGUUUGACAGUGACUUCAAAGUGAACCUGCCAAAACUGUACAAAGCUAUCACUUACCUGCAGAGAUCGGACGUUAUCUUCCUGAGCGGCGCCACUGACAAAUACAUACCUUUGACGCCUGAUCGAUUAACAUUAGGUACAGGCAUUUUUACACAAAUAGUAUGUGAAGAGUCAAAACGUUUGCCAAUACAGUUGGGCAAGCCUGGUCGGGACUUCGGCGAAUUCGCAAUGAAACGAGCGAAUGUCACCGAGCCCAGUCGAGUACUUUUUAUUGGAGAUAUGAUUGAACAAGACAUUGUCCUUGGCAAGAAUGUAGGCUUCAUAACUCUCCUGGUUUUGACACAUAGAACAAAAGAAGAAAUGCAGUCACAUACUAUCAAGCCAGAUUUCUUUGCAGAUUCCUUGGGAAGCUUGAUACCUCAACUUGAAAAGGCUUUAAAUUAA